AUGGUUGUCAAACUCUGUUUCGUCACCGUUGGGGCUACCGCCUCAUUUCACGAGCUCGUCCAAGCCGUCCUUCAAGAUGCCUUUUUGGCGGAAUUAGAGAAGCACAAAUUCACACGGCUUCUGAUUCAAUAUGGGAAAGGCGGUCAGGAAGUAUUUGACGCUUAUCGUGCUGAGUAUGAGAGUGGUAAAGUGCUUCAUAGCAUUGAAAUUGGCGGCUUUGAGCUCUGCUCAGAUAUGACCCGAUAUCUGAGCAUGGUGCGCAAGGACGACAUACGCUUCCAAGAGCUUGGAAUGAUGAUCAGUCAUGCCGGGACUGGAUCGAUUCUCGAUGGUCUACGUGCCGGCCUUCCUCUGGUCGUUGUUCCGAACCCUUCUCUUGCGGACAAUCAUCAGCAAGAGCUAGCCGAGGCCUUAGCCAAACAAGGAUAUGUCAUAGUUGGUAAACUUGAUGAUCUUCCCAGUGUGGUUGGCCAAGCUGCAAAGUGUACUGGCCUUGCACCGUUUUUCCGACAACAGAAUAAUCAGCCACUUACGGCCAUGUCGGACGAACUCUCAUGGGUGGACUAG